AUGUUCUUCUUUCUCGAAAAGUUCGGCAGGUUGGACAAGUGCUGUCACACGUGAAAUUAUUUAACAUUUCGUCACUUUUCAUCGACUUAAUUAGGAUUAAAUAGGUGAACAUGCCUCUUUCCUGUAGAUUUUACAGGGAAAAAUUCCCUGAGGUUGAAGAUGUGGUGAUGGUAAACGUACUAUCGAUUGCCGAAAUGGGGGCUUACGUCCGUCUACUAGAAUACAAUAAUACUGAAGGCAUGAUUUUGCUUUCUGAAUUGUCCAGAAGACGUAUUCGUUCCAUUAAUAAAUUAAUUAGGGUAGGAAAAACAGAACCCGUAGUAGUUAUAAGAGUGGACACCGAUAAAGGUUACAUUGACUUAUCUAAACGCCGCGUUAGUGCUGAAGAUGUCGAAAAAUGCACUGAAAGAUUUGCUAAAGCAAAAGCAGUGAAUUCAAUCCUUAGACACGUUGCUGAAUUGCUCAAAUUUGAAUCAGAUGAACAACUGGAGGAGUUAUACCAGAAAACUGCGUGGAACUUUGAAGAAAAGUAUAAAAAAAGUAAAGCAAGUGCUUAUGAUUUCUUCAAACAAGCUGUUUUGGACCCCAGUAUAUUGGAUGAAUGUCAGUUAGAUGAGAAAACCAAGGAAGUGUUGUUGAGUAAUAUCAAGAGAAAAUUGACUUCACAGGCAGUUAAAAUCAGAGCAGAUAUUGAGUGUGCCUGUUAUGGCUACGAAGGCAUUGAUGCUGUGAAGACGGCUCUGAAAGCGGGAUUAUCUCUCUCCAGUGAAGAGUUACCUAUUAAAAUUAAUUUGAUCGCACCACCACUUUACGUAAUGACUACUUCAACGCCUGAAAAGCAAGACGGUUUAAAAAUACUAAAUGAUGCAAUUGAAAAGAUUCAGAAAACGAUUACAGACUUGGGGGGUGUUUUUAAUGUUCAAAUGGCGCCCAAAGUUGUGACAGCUACAGAUGAAGCCGAAUUGCAACGACAAAUGGAAAGAGCUGAACUUGAAAAUGCUGAAGUUGCUGGCGACGACGAGGAGGAAGAAGAAGAUGAAGGCCAAGUUUAUGAGGAAGAUAAUGAAGGAAACGAAUCUGGACAAGAAGAAGAAAACUAAUUAUAACCAUAAUUACAAAAAAGAAUUUUAAGAUUAAAUACAAUGUGUAUUAUAAGUUUUUAUAUUGAAGUUUGUGGUUUAAUUCAAUAUUUUAAGCCAAUAAACAAUAUAAUGAUGA